AUCUGCUUUGGGGUUUGUUAUAAUUCUCGGUGUUUUGAUUCGUCUGACGCAUUUCUGUUUACCUUUGAACCAGACCCAUUUACCACAUCCGAUAAUCGCAGAACGCCUCAGCGCCGACGAGGGAGUUGACUUUCGUGUUUACGUCACUCCAUUAAUAGCUGAGCGAUCGGAGUGAGAAAGGGAGGAUGAUUUGAGGGAGUCAAAUCUGCGGACCGACUGAGGAUGAGACGGUGCUGAAGCUCUCUUGGACUAACUCAUGCCACAUGCACCGACCACCAGCAGUUCAGGGCAUGGCCAACACGCCGUUUCGGGCCACCUACAUCUGGAGCAGCAUCAUCAACAACCUUCAGACACAGGUAGAGGUGAAACGGAGGCGCCACAACCUCAAGUCUUACAAUGACUGCUUCCUGGGCUCUGAGGCUGUGGAUGUCAUCCUGGCCCACAUCAUCCAGAACAAGUUUUUUGGGGAUGAUGAGAUUCCCCGGGCCAAGGUAGUGCGGGUGUGCCAAGCCCUUAUGGACUGCAAGGUGUUUGAGGCUGUGGGUACCAAGGUGUUUGGCAAGGAGAAGAAGCGCAGCGUGUUUGAGGACAGCAGUUGCAGUCUGUACAGAUUUCUCAACACACAGAGCCCCUUCAAGAACAAUCUAGAAAACACAAGUGAUUCCUGCACCAGUCAGAGGACUAUUUACGAUACACCUGAGAGACGUCUCAGUGAGGAAUGCAGUUCUACUAAACUCCAUAGGCAACAUGAGCCAGCAUAUUCAAAAGCCACGUCUGUCCAAACUGACAAGUCUUUAGAGGACCUGUUGGGGAAUGUGACCUUGAAUUCAACGAACGCACAACAGGUGAAGGUAAACAUGGGAUUACCUCAGACAGUGGUGAAUGAAGUAUGGCAGGAGCAGACGAUACUACGGCUGCUGCAGCUGAUAGAGCUCCCCCUGCUGGACAGCCUUUUGGACGGCAGGGACAGCAGUGAGUCCCCAUUGCACAGUAUGGACAGUGACCCUGACCUUCUCUACACCAGCAACUACCUAGACCGGGAGAUCCUCAAAGCCUUCAGUGACUCGCAGGCAGACAACUGGCUCUUGGCUGCUGUGGACUGCUUGGAGUUCCUGCCGGACCACCUGGUGGUGGAGGUGAGCCGCAGCCUUCCCAAGUGUCUGGAGACACAGCAGUGCAAGAGGAUGCUCUUCGAGAUCCUGAGUAAACACUACGGCCAGCCAAUGUGUGUGGCCCUGCUCACCAGUCAUCCGAUCGACAUCCACACCGGCAUCACAGACCUUUUGGUGAACGGGAAACUGGACCAGGCCUUAGAGGCUCUGCAGCUGUGCCUGAAGCUGCUGGACUCACGCAGCCAGGAGGAGCUGCGCAGGCUGCUGCGCUUCAUGGCAGUGGCUGCAGACCCACGUGAGGUCCGGCUGCACAGAGAGAUUGAGAACCGGAUGGCGGUGAAAAGGGCAUUUUCCAGAGCAAUCAUCCAUAGCACACACCUGGCCAAGGGGAAGGUGGACCUCCUGGUGCUAUUUAUGGUGGACAAUCAUCGUGACGUCUUCAAGAUCCCAGGGUCAUUGCACAAGCUGGUCAGCGAUAGGUUAGAAAACAUUACACAUGGGAAGGACCAGGACAUAACAACAGAUCCCCCCUCCAGUCAGCGAGUCACAGGCAAGGCAUGCAGGGAUAGCAUUCAGAAAACCACAAAAGAAGAGCUCCGAGCCCUGGUCAGGACAAUUCACGAGAACCCAAAGCUGUCUGCCAAAGAGAAAAAACGCUUGCUUGGACAGUUUUGCAAAGGUCAUCCAGAAAUAUUUGUACAGUAUUUAAGAACCAGAAUGUCAUCAGUUGAUGUGUGAG